UCAGUUUAGAACUCCGGUAGACGGUUAUUUUAUUCUCCCAAGGAAUUUGUCCAGUUUAAAAGUAUAAACAGCUACAUUUCAAAUCAUUUGAAUGACACUGUAUUGACAUUUUACUGGAUUUAAAAUAUAUUGACAGAGCUGCUCGCGCACCUGUUACCUUCUCAGAGUAAGAUCAUGAUUCCACCGGGGGACUGCAUGUACGCUGGCCGGAAAAGACGGAAGCCCAUUCAGAAACAGAAACCGGCAGCAGUCAGCGAGAAGUCCAAUCCUUCAAAGCGCCACCGGGACCGCCUGAACGCGGAGCUGGACCGCCUGGCCAGCCUGCUGCCCUUCUCCCCGGACAUCAUCUCCAAGCUGGAUAAACUGUCAGUGCUGCGGCUGAGCGUCAGCUACCUCAGGGUGAAGAGCUUUUUCCAAGCCAUUCAGGAGAAGCCGCCCAGAAAGCACAUCAGCCCGUCCGCCAAUCAUGAUGCCAGGAAGGACGGCCUGCCAGCGGCGACGGGCGUCGUGGAGAGCGAUCUCCUGCUCGAGUCCUUGAAUGGGUUUGCGCUGGUGGUGAGCACAGAUGGGAUGGUAUUUUAUGCCUCAUCCACCAUUGUUGACUAUUUGGGCUUCCAUCAGACUGACGUGAUGCACCAGAAUGUCUUUGAUUAUAUCCAUGUGGACGACCGGCAGGAGUUCCGAAGACAGCUCCACUGGGCCAUGAACCCCGCACAGCAGGUGGCCGCCCAGGACCACCAUUUAGCGGCAGGAACUGGUGAGGACUUUGUGGUCAGCAGCCUCUUCAACUCUCAGGAGCUGGGUGGUAUUCCUCCGGACUUCUCCUCCUUCCUCAACCGCUGUUUCAUCUCCCGGGUGCGCUGCCUGCUGGACAGCACCUCUGGCUUCCUGACCAUGCAGUUCCAGGGCCGCCUGAAAUUCCUCCAUGGUCAGAAGAAGAAGACCCCGUCGGGCACCGCCCUACCCCCGCAGCUGGCCCUCUUCUGCGUGGCGGUGCCCCUCCUGCUGCCCUCCAUCACCGAGAUGAAGAUGAAGAGCAUGAUGAUGAGGAGCAAGCACAAGGGCGGAGUCGUCACCGCGCUGGAGCACAACGAGAGAGAGGAGCAUCUGAAGAGGCACCCCAGCGCCGGGGGCGUGGGCGACAUCGGGGACGUGCUGCUCUUCAACUGCUCGGGCAACCCGAGCAGCCAGCUGCGCCACCACGCCCCCUGGACGCCCCUCUCCAAGGACGGCGUCAAGUUCAAGGCGGAGGGCUACUACCCCCAGGAGGAGCCGCUGAAUUUCUGCAAGUCUUCCGUGGGCGCGCACAAAGCUCACACCUUGGAGAGCCCGUGGACCAUGCGGGCUGCCGCCGGGGCCAUCAGAGUGGGGCAGAACAUCAACCUCGUCCCCAACCGGCUGGGCAAGCCCAGCCACUACGGGAAGCCCGGGGCCUACCGGAUGUCUCCCGGCGGCCUCGGAGGGAGGAACGACGCCUACCUGCCCAAGCUGUACGGCGGUUUGCAGAACCCCGAGAUGGAGAGCUACUGCGUGGACGGCAUCAAAAGCGAGAACGGGUACAUGGGCCACGGCGAGUGCUACGACGGGCGCGCGCUCCCCGAGAUGCCCAUCAAGGUGGAGCAGGAUUCUGACUCGGAGAACGGCUGCGAUGUGUACGGGGUCCCUCACGGCCGCGCGUGGGUGUGCAAGGAGCACGUGGAGAGGCGGUACGGGGUGGGCUACGACGGCCUUCAGCUGAAGACGGAGGCAGACUACUACGAGCAGUACUCCCCCUGCCAGAAAAGCAAGGCCAACGUCAGCCCCACCUUCAACGGCCAUUACCAACACAUGUGCCCGGGAGGCAACAGGCCCCUCAAAUGCGUCCUGAACAAAGAUCUGACCCAGUUCAGCCCGCAGCGCCUGUCCCACUCUGACCCCCUGUGUAGCAACCAGAGCACAAACUGUAUGGACGGCCACAUGUACGCCAACAGCUCCAUGGAUCACAAAGCAUACAUGCAGCAGGACUACAAGUUAAGCUACGAGUUCAAGGGCCACAGCUUGGUCCACGCCAUUAAGCGUGAGCCCAUGGACUCGCCGCCUUGGUCCGACAGCAGCCACGACAUCAGCCAAACACCCCUCCAGCGAAAUAUCAUGCCCAACUGCGUAAUGAAUGCGGGAGGCCACAAAUCCAACCCAUAUGUCUAUAUGCAAUAAGGAUGAACUCCACUGCUCCUCCGAUCACCACCACGCCAGAAAGUGCAGGAUGGCAUUCUGCUCGUGCCCUAGGCUCAGGUUCAAGAACAGUGUUACAGUUCUGUAAAGACUGAAGGUCCACCCAGACGGUCGCUCUUGUGUGGUCGAUUAAAAAUGCAAAAUUUUAGAAUUUAUUAUAAGCACUUUUAAUAUUAUUAGUGAUACUAAAUAUUUUUAGAUUCACGCCACGUUUGUAUUUAUGUGCUGUGGAUAUGUUACCUUGUGUGGGUUGGUAGAGCAUUGAAGGUAUUUUGUAUAAAGACACUGUGGGGGGAAAAGUGUGUUGUUUUAAUUUUUUGCUUUGGUAAACGCAAAGGGAGAGACAGUUACUCAGA